UUUUUUUCCAACUCCCCUUCAUCGUCGGGGAAGCUAACAUCGAGGAUGAAGCUUGUUGUCUUCUUGUUGUGAAGCCACGCUUUGUCAUCAACACCUCCUCCUGCCAGGUGAGCGGGAUGACGAACCGCGCUUAAGGUGUGCCAUAAAUUAAUUUCCGUGCAAAAGUUGUUCGGCAGUUUAUGUAGAUAAAUAAAAAAGAAAAGAAAAAACGAAGAGUCAGAAGAAUUACCUCAGAUGUAGUCGCUCGACAGAGCCAGCAGCCAUGUCCAUUGAAUACACCAUUGAUAUCCAGCUAACAGAGUUGGGAUUUCCGGAUAUCCUGCAGCCACAGGAGACCUCGGUCAGAGAAACACCCAGUCACUCUCCCACUUCACUUUCAAGCACACACAAACAAAGACUACUGUCAGCUGAUGGCAAAGAAGCAGGAGCAGCAAAACAGACCUCAAAUAUACAACAGACUAUAGUGUUUUCUGCAUCACCUCAGUCAGAAACAUCAUCUUGCAAAAGCCUAACUCCUGCACACAGUCUACAAGAUGAACAAGCUGUCAAAGGCACUGCAUGUCUUGAGCUGUCAGAGCCCACAGUAGAUGAUCCCACCGCUGGACUGGUAACCACAGACGGUCCACAGCUAAUACCUGAGGAGGACGGAGAGGAAGAGGCCUGUGAUGGAGUCACUGCACAAGACAGUUCAACAGAUGUGCAGCAUGAUGUGGAGGAUGACUCGGAGGACAGUGAAGUUUCAGAUGUGUAUGAGGAAGAAGAGAUAGAGGAGGAGGAUGAUUAUGAGGAAGAGGAAGGGCAAAACAAUGAGUCGAGUCAUUCAGGCAACUACCGUUGCAGCGUCUGUGAUCUCCAGCUGCCCUCCAAAUUCAAGCUCCAGGACCACAUGAACUUGCACACUGGGGCUCGCCCGUAUUGCUGUGCUGAAUGUGGGAAGCGCUUCUGCCAGAUUUACAACUACCGUGUCCACCUGCGCACACACGCCCAGACCAAGGUGGAUCGUCUCGUGUGCCGCAUCUGUCUGGUGGGCUUUGCAUCACAGGAGGAUCUGAAGGACCACCUGUCGAAAACUCACUUUGAGGAUGAGUUUUACGAGUGUGACCUCUGCAAACGUGUGUUUACUUCCCUGAAGGCGUGUGAAUAUCAUGUGAAGUUACACAAAUGUAUGCUGGAUGUUGUAUGCGAAAUAUGUGGCCGUAAUUUCUCCUCUCCUAAAUCCCUUGCGCGCCACCGGCGGAAGACGUGCCGCAGCAGUUUUAAAUGCACAGACUGCACACAGACCUUCACCAAGAAGAAUGCUCUCCUGAAACACAGCUUCUCCCAUCUUGGUUUGUUGCCUUACACCUGUGUACGAUGCCACUGCCACUUCCGUUUGGCAAAGCUGUACCGCCAACACAAGUGUGAACCUGAGCGCAUUCACUGUGUGGCAUGUCUGAGAGAGUUUGUCAGUCAGGUGGACUUCCAGCAGCACAAAAAGGAUACAGGCUGCUGGGGCAGCCAGGGAUCGAAAGGGGACGAGAUCAGAUGCUUGGAGUGCGGGGAGAGGUUUGACAGUCCAGAAGAGCUGAAGAAACAUGCCGGCGCUCACCAGAGGGUGCUGAAAUGUGCUGAGUGUGGGAAGGGUUUCCGGUCAGCCUUGCUGUUAAUGUCCCACAUGGGCGGUCAUGCCGGCAAAUCACCCUGCCUUUGUCAGAUCUGUGGACUGGGCUUUCCCCACCAGCAGAACUAUGACAGCCACCUCAAGACCUGUGGACAAACACCCCAGCCUGUGAGUGCUCCCAAGAAACGUCAGACCACAAAGAGCUCUUCAGACAAAAAAGAGACAAAAAAUCUCAAUGAAAAACCAGACUCAUCACAUCCAGCAAACACAGACACUAUGCCUGCUGCUGCUGCUCCUGCUGCUCCAGUUGGAGACCCUGUUACUCCAGACCUUGUGCAAGAGGGUGUGUCCACUGGUCCAUCAGACGGGUUAUGGAAGCUAACACUUGACAAACAACCUCCUCCUGGUGUUAAGCUUGUCUUGUUUCUUCCAGUCUGUCCAACUCAAACCAAUGGCUCUGCAACGGCUCAGACGGUGCCAGUUUCAUCUAUGGAGGUCCAGCCCCAAGCGUCUCUCUCACCUGUUUCAAGUAAUGGACACCUUGAACUUGGAGUGCCGCUAGACACCCCUCUUGAUUUGGUAACUAGGAUUAAACAGGAUCCAGAAUGUGAAGCACCUUUGGAUUUGUCUAAGAAGUGUAACUCAUCUACAUCUGCUCUGAGGGACAUUCCUCUUUGUGCUAUUAAAAAUGAGCCAGAAGACUUUGAAAUCUCAGGCGAAGCUAACAGAGAAGAAUUUAAAGGCAGUGAUAGCAAAGAUAUUAUUAAAACAAAUCCAGGAGAGUCGGAGGUAAAAAUAGGUCCCAUGAAUCUCUCUACUCUUAGUACAUCCUCUGAACUAAUAAUGGAUAUUAAGACAGAGCCUCCGUCUUCUGGCUCUGAUGUCGAUUUGUGGUCAUCCAGAUCCUGCCAGCUGACAGACUGGAAGUCAGAGAAAGAAAUUAAGAUGGAGGUUGACAUUUCACACCCUGCCUGUGCUGAUAAGGAGAAAUGAAAUACAUUGAGGGCAGAAAAAAGAAUAAAACUUAUUCUGUGCUUUCCUAUCCUGCAAAGGAUACACCUGCUGUUUUGCUAAACCUGUAGCCACAUAAAUACGGUUAAAAGACAAAUCAGAAAUUUACCCCCACUGCAACUUCUUCCACAAGUAUGAAUAGACUCUUGUUUAUAUGUGUCGCUAUAACUUGACUAUGCGACUUUUGUUUUAACAUGAAGAUUUUGUUAGUCUUUUGUAAUUCAAACAAAACAUUCCAAACUUCAUUUGUUUCAUUUGCUUUUGGGGGUAAGGUUUGUGGGUUGUGCCAAGAGAGCAAAUGGUAUACUAAUUGUUAUGAAGUCUAUGCAAUAUUGUGCAGGAUUUCUCAGAGCAUUAAAAACUAUUCCUUAUUUCUACCUUAAUGUACUUUUUGUGUGGAGAAAUAGAAUCCUUAGGUUUUUUGAUGUGUAUUAAAUUAAAUGAAAAUGCUGGAUUUCUUAAUGUUCAGCUGAAAACUUGAAACUGUAUUUUUUUUUGUGUGUAUAUGCACUUGACCUUUAGUACUAUGUUAAAUACUUUAUCGAUGCAAAUAAUGGUACCAUGUAAUAUAGUAAUAUGAUGUCAGUAGAUGUCAAUAAUGUCAACUUGUGAUUUACAUUUCCAGAAUCUAUAUGGUCUGUAGGUAUCUUUACAUGUUUUUCUAAAGGCAAAUAAACACUUGUCCUUGGUGCAAGAUCAGCUAAUAUGAAUGUUGACAUUGUUUUUUAUUCUUUAUCUACAAGAUUGCCUUGUGUGUUUGUGUGUAUCCAUGAGAAAGACAUCACGCAUUUCCCUAUAAUGUCCUCUAGAGGAAAAAGCUCAAUGAACAGCCUGUUGUUCCUUUGAGUAUUUACUAUAUAGUGUUUGUGGUAUUUAAUUAGUGAGUCUAGUUAAUGUGAUGAUCA